AUGAGUGUUGCCUAUUGGGAUCUGAAGGAAAAUAGAGUGACAAGAGUUGACAUAAAAGGAAUCCGUGCGGGUCGUGAUGUAGACUGUAUCUACUCUGGUCAGGUUGAGAAUCUCAUUAAUGUCGACCGUCGAAACAACAACCAAACUAAAGUACUAAACAUCUCUGGUUGGUAUGCAUCAGAGACUCUUUAUGAACUUGUUGUAAGAACUAUGAGCGAUAAGAAGUGUCUAAGAAUGAAGUCAGGGAGCUUGAGGAACUGA